AUGGCACCAACUCAAAGUACUCUGCGAUUUGAUUCAGGCUACGAGACUGACAAUAAUGGCCCACGCCGUUCAGGACGCAUCACUACUCCUGCACGUCUAGGACCCGGCAUGAUCUGUCCCCCAUCUGACAGCCGACAAUCCCUCGCUUCUUCAGCCUUUACCUUUUCUCUUACUAACGACAGCUUGACUGACAAGGGAAAAGGAAAAGGAAAGAGCAAGCGUGCUCGAUCCGAAUCCUUUGCUGAGCCUGCGAUUGACUCAGAUGCCGAGACCGACACACCUGAGAUUGUCAGCGGACCAACUCGAAGAGUGAUUCCUCCACCACGACGAAUUGGUGUAGGUAGUUCGAAUCAAGGGACAUCUAAGGUGUCAAAGAAGACCUCUGCAGUUUCUCGGCGCAGGGAUGAAGCUGAAGCCGAAUUGGCUUUAGCUGCUGACGCUGGAGUCGAACCUGAUCUCAAUCAAGACUCGGAUGAAGAGAAUCGACGUGUUCGUCAACGAAUUCAAGGUGCGAAUGGUCAAGAAGUUGAUGAAUAUGACCCACCUGUUAUAUACUUUGGGAAACCGUUUUGUCGACCAAAUGACGUAAGUUUCUUUUAUUUUCAUCAUUGUUUCAAUGAAAACUACUAA